CCGGGUUGUAUCGGGUUUCCGAUGUCUUCUGAAGAUCCCUCUGAGCAUUCUGCAAGCUAUCAUGUUGGCAGUAAUGCCAGCGGUCACAAUGAAAAUGCAGGUGAUCACUUCCAACCCAAUCCGUUCCUAGCUGAGUUGGCCGGGUUGUUUCAGCAACUCAUUCAAAAUGUUACGCCAAACCAGAAUGUUGGAGCUCGUGUGUUCACCCUUGAAAAGCUGAAAAAGAAUGGGGCCUCUAUUUUUCUAGGAAAAAUAGAUGACACUCCUGACGUCGCAGAAUUUUGGCUCGAACAAACCACUCGUGUGCUUGAGGAUUUGCAAGUCCCACAAGCUGACCGUCCCCGUUUAGCCAUCAGCUUGCUACAGCACGGUGCUUACGAUUGGUGGAAAUCCGUACUGCUACGCCCUGAUGUACCCC